UCAAAAAGUGUGUGCUCUCUUCGACCUUUCGGACACCUUGUGGAGGACGCGAUAGUUUUGAAGGGUUGCUUCGUUGUUAGUGUAUUGCCUCAAAGCAGCCAGUUGUUUAAACACGGUUUCAAGAUGUCUUCGAGCAAGGGAAAGGAAAAGCUAGGUUUUUGUGGCCGAUUAGAGAGGCAAUGUCGCAGUUUUGCUAACUUUGCGUACAAUAAGCAAACCAAGGAGGUUAUGGGAAGGAGUGGCAAAAGCUGGGCAAAGAUUGGUUUGUUCUACUUCGCCUACUACGGCUUUCUAGCGGCUUUCUUCUCGGCCUGCCUUGCAGUGUUUCUCUCGACACUAAACGAACCCGGCAAAGGUGGCCCGAAAACAACACAGUUUUUAAGAGACGAUUCAGCUCCAGGGUUAAACACAGUGCCAUCAAUCAAUUUCUUAGAAGGAUACAAAACUAAACACAGGACCCGUAAUACCAAUGCAAUCAGGGAUUACUUGGAAGGUUUUGCAAAGGCUGAUGUUAAUGGCGGAAACUGCAGCGACCCAAGCUCUAAAUCCCCUUGCAAAUUUGACAUCAACCAGCUUGGAAAUUGCUCGACUGGUUCUUAUGGCUAUGAUGGCAAUUACCCAUGUGUCUUCAUGAAGAUAAACAAGGUUUAUGGCUGGAAACCAUCAGGCAAUAUCAAAUUAAGUUGUGACUCGGGUGCAAAAGUUUUACCAACAACAGGAUACCUUGCCAAGGCAUUUCCAUUUGAAGGGCAAAAAGAUUAUCAAACUCCAGCAGUUGCAAUUCAACUGGACUUGAGCAGUGGUAAUAAACUGACUGUCAAGUGUGAAAUUCGUGGAGAGGGAUUCAAAACUUCUGAUGUUUAUAUUGCCCACAGAGCAUUUGGCAAAAUUGAAUUUGCUAUUGUACCUUGAUUUUGAGGGAACAGUUAGUGACACAUUUUAGCUAUCUUUAGGUGUGGCUAGUUUGCUAUAACUAAUUUCACUGCAACUGCCACGCCAUGGUUGAGAAUGGUUUUGAUCUGAUAUUAAGAAAUUUUGUUUAUAUUUGAUUUGCAACAAGCAGUUGUAAUACAGUUUCAGUGAUGCAUUAGGACAGAGAGAUUGAUAGUCACUCUUGUUGUAACUGUUGUUGACAAGAUUUCUAUGAUACAUCAAUUUUUGUUAAUAUGUUCAAGUACUAUCUAGCAUCAACAGUGUUUUUCUUAUCACUACAGUGUUGUUUUAUCAUUUUUUCAAAGAUUGGUGUGAAAUGUUUCUUUGUAUUUUAGCAUGCUCUUGCUUUUUCAAACAUA